GAGCUGCUGAGAGGCAUCCAGACAGCUUUUAACUAUGUCGGGCAAAACGCCUGCGAUAGGAAUUGACCUGGGCACCACCUAUUCCUGUGUGGGAGUUUUCCAGCACGGGAAGGUGGAGAUCAUUGCCAACGACCAAGGCAACCGCACGACGCCCAGCUAUGUCGCCUUCACCGACACGGAGCGCCUCAUCGGGGAUGCAGCCAAGAACCAGGUGGCCAUGAACCCCAACAACACCAUCUUCGACGCCAAACGCCUCAUCGGCCGCAAGUUUAGCGAUGCCACGGUGCAGUCCGACAUGAAGCACUGGCCUUUCUGUGUGGUGAGUGAAGCCGGGAAGCCCAAAGUGCAGGUUGAGUACAAGGGCGAGGUCAAGGCCUUCUUCCCAGAGGAGAUCUCCUCCAUGGUGCUGACCAAGAUGAAGGAAAUCGCAGAGGCUUACUUGGGCCGCAAAGUCCAGAGCGCCGUCAUCACCGUGCCGGCCUACUUCAACGACUCCCAGCGCCAAGCCACCAAGGACGCGGGCACCAUCACGGGCCUCAACGUCCUGCGCAUCAUCAACGAGCCCACGGCCGCCGCCAUUGCCUACGGCCUGGAUAAAAAAGGCAGCGGAGCUGGGGAGAAGAACGUGCUGAUCUUCGACCUGGGUGGUGGCACCUUUGAUGUCUCCGUCUUGACCAUUGAAGACGGCAUCUUUGAGGUGAAAUCGACAGCCGGCGACACUCACCUGGGCGGGGAGGACUUUGACAACCGCAUGGUGAGCCACUUUGUGGAGGAAUUCAAGCGCAAGCACAAACGGGACAUUGCUGGCAACAAGCGGGCCGUCCGGCGGCUCCGGACCGCCUGCGAGCGGGCCAAACGCACCCUGAGCUCCUCUACCCAGGCCUCAAUUGAAAUCGACUCCUUGUUUGAUGGGAUUGACUUCUACACGUCCAUCACUCGAGCCCGCUUUGAGGAGCUUAAUGCUGAUCUCUUCCGUGGCACGCUUGAGCCUGUGGAGAAAGCCCUGCGUGAUGCCAAGCUGGACAAAGGGCAGAUCAACGAGAUUGUGUUGGUCGGCGGCUCCACCCGUAUCCCCAAGAUCCAGAAGCUGCUCCAGGACUUUUUUAACGGCAAAGAGCUCAACAAAAGCAUCAAUCCCGAUGAAGCUGUGGCUUAUGGCGCUGCUGUGCAGGCUGCUAUUCUGAUGGGCGACAAGUCAGAGAAUGUGCAAGACCUGCUACUGCUCGAUGUCGCACCCCUGUCGCUGGGCAUUGAGACAGCUGGUGGCGUCAUGACUGCUUUGAUCAAGCGCAACACGACUAUUCCCACCAAGCAGACACAGACUUUCACCACCUAUUCAGACAAUCAGAACAGUGUGCUGGUUCAGGUUUACGAGGGCGAGCGGUCCAUGACCAAGGACAACAACCUGUUGGGCAAGUUUGACCUGACAGGUAUCCCACCGGCCCCCCGUGGCGUGCCACAAAUUGAAGUCACAUUUGACAUCGAUGCAAACGGCAUCCUCAACGUCACAGCAGUGGACAAGAGCACAGGCAAAGAGAACAAGAUCACGAUUACCAAUGACAAGGGCCGCCUCAGCAAGGAUGACAUUGACCGCAUGGUGCAGGAAGCUGAGCGUUACAAAGUGGAGGAUGAGUCCAACCGGGAAAGGGUGGUCUCCAAGAAUGCCCUGGAGUCCUAUGCAUACAACAUCAAACAGACCAUGGAAGAUGACAAGCUGAAAGGCAAGAUUGGUGAGCAGGACAAGCAGAAGGUGCUUGAGAAGUGCCAGGAGGUGAUCAGCUGGCUGGACCGCAACCAGAUGGCUGAGAAGGAAGAGUUUGAGCACAAGCAGAAGGAACUGGAGAAGCUUUGCAACCCCAUCAUUUCCAAAUUAUACCAGGGUGGUGGAGCUGCAGGUGGUGGACCCACCAUUGAAGAAGUAGACUAAGCUGCCAUGGACUGGAUGUAGGAGCAGUUGCUAUUUGUCCUUCUGUUUCCUUGUUUCACUCAGUGCCAUUGCUGGAGGGAUUUUCCUGGGGGGGGGGGGGGUUUAUAUAGGAGGAAGCAGUAACUUGCUCUCUAGCUGUCUGUGCUUCCCCUGUUAAAGUUUGUUGCAGAUAAUGUUUGUCUUAGUAUUCAGAUACCCAUGCUAAUUGCUGGAUUUCUGUUUAUUAUGUUUCCUGUUUUUGAGUGCCCACCUGAGCAUUACGAUUGAGAAGGGGAAAACAUUUCAAGAGAGUAUGGAAAUGGUUAAAUAUACCAAGCAAACAAACCCACCUUUAAAUGUUUUUGUAACUUUUUGGUCUGGUUAUUUUGAAAUGUUGGUAAUAAAAGUUACCCAAAGCAUAAAAAAAA